AUGGGUCGCCGCCCUGCUCGCUGUUACCGCUAUUGUAAGAAUAAACCGUAUCCGAAAUCGCGCUUCUGCCGGGGUGUUCCCGAUGCCAAGAUCCGCAUCUUUGACCUGGGUCGGAAGAAGGCCAAAGUGGACGAGUUUCCGCUGUGUGGCCACAUGGUGUCGGAUGAAUACGAGCAGCUCUCUUCUGAAGCUCUGGAGGCUGCCCGAAUCUGCGCCAACAAGUACAUGGUGAAGAGCUGUGGCAAAGAUGGUUUUCACAUCCGUGUGCGACUCCAUCCCUUCCACGUCAUCCGCAUCAACAAGAUGUUGUCCUGUGCCGGGGCCGAUCGUCUCCAGACAGGCAUGAGAGGGGCCUUCGGGAAGCCUCAGGGCACGGUGGCCCGAGUUCACAUUGGUCAAGUCAUCAUGUCCAUCCGGACCAAGCUGCAGAAUAAGGAGCAUGUGAUCGAAGCCUUACGCAGGGCCAAGUUCAAGUUCCCCGGGCGUCAGAAAAUCCACAUCUCCAAAAAGUGGGGUUUUACCAAGUUCAAUGCCCAGGAGUUUGAAGAGCAAGUGGCCAACAAGCGCCUAGUCCCAGACGGGUGUGGCGUCAAGUACAUCCCCAAUACUGGCUCCCUGGACAAGUGGCGAGCCCUGCAUGCUUGA